AAAAAAAUGUUCAGAAUUUCAUACUUCAUUGCUAGGAAGUAUUGGACACAGGCAAGUUUCAAGGACUUGGUUCAAUUCAUUGCAACACUAGAUAUAUCUGAUUUGGAAGACCAUGUCAGCAAUGCACCAGCAGAGGCAACCUACUUGUCUGAUGCAUCGUCCUCAGAAUUCAUUACUAUAACUGGGGAACAUAUUGAGAGACAACUCCUCGAGUCAUUGAGGUCAGCAAAGUACUUCACAUUGCUAGCUGAUGAAUCCACUGAUUAACAGAACAAGGAGCAGAUGAGCAUCUACUUUAAGUGGACGACAGACUCCUUAACUACCGAGGACCACUUCAUGGGUCUUGUCAACGUAGAGCGGACAGAUGCAGAGUCGUUGCUGAAUGCCAUCAACCAGUUUUGCAUUGGAAAAGGGAUCGACAUACGGCGGUGUAGAUUUGUUGGCUUUGAUGGUGCUAAUGUAAUGAGCGGUGAAGUAUCAGGCCUACAAAGAAGGAUUCGACAUCUGUCACCUAUCUGUUUGUACAUGAACUGCAGGAAUCAUCGCUUGGCCCUUUGUCUAAAGCACCUCAUGAAGAACUACCCAGUCCUGGUGGAUGCUGAUGCUUUACUUCUAGCCAUAUGGAAACUUUUCCAUUACUCACCACAGCGUUUCCAGGUGUUAAAGGCAAUACAGGAGGCAUAUGGGGAUGAGAAGUUAACGCUGAUAAGGGCUGCAACCACACGCUGGCUUUCCCAUGGUAAUGCUUGUGUGAGGUUUAUUGAUAGAUAUGAGGCCUGCCUUGAUGCAUUAGCUGCAAUAUACGACGCCAAAAAAGAGCCUGAAGUUUAUGGCUUAAGGCUGAGCGUUACAACUAAAACACAGUGGCUAUGA